AUGGGUCACCUCGGCAUACUCCUGACCAUUGGUACCCUCCUCGGGCUGGCGCAGUCACACAUGUUUAUGGGAAACCCUCCGCCGUUCCGAUGGCGCGAAGUUCAGGACAUUGAAGAGCUGGGUAUGCCUUUGAAUGGCUUCCCGGGGAGAUACGGCCAGCAACCAUUCCCGUGCAAAGGACACCAUCUGGAUAUUGACGGACCUGGCGGUAUACCUGGAGCGACAUGGAGGGCAGGAGAGCUUGUGACUAUCCAACUCUUCGACUCCACGAACACGACCGGCGCAACCAUGAACAACACGCACGGCACUGUCCACAGCGGAGGCUCGUGCCAGAUCGCGUUCUCGUACGACAAGGGAAGCACAUGGGUCGUGGUUCAGAGCUACGAAGGGGAUUGUCCUCGGGUGCGGGAGGAUCUGAAGGGGCAGGUGACGAACCUGCAGGGCACCAACCAAGACUUCACGUUUAAGGUGCCGGAGACUUUCCCGUCUGGGGAGCGGGUUAUCGUUGCAUGGACAUGGAUAAACGCAAGCGGCCACAAGGAAUACUACAUGUCCUGCUCGAGCGUCACCAUCGAAGGCAGCGGAGAGCCGACAACGAUCACACCUGAAGGACCCCCGCUACUCAUCGCCAAUCUCCAAGCCGACGCCAACAACGCACCACGAAACGAUCCCCUGUGGUCCAAGUGCCAUUCCAACGAGGAAACCUCGGUCAUCUUCCCGCAGCGGUACCGCGGUCUGAAUCCGGUCAUUCGCGCCGAGAAGGUUCUAAAGUUCGAGGACUUUCCUGGACGUGAUGACCCUGCGUGCGCGAGCGACAAUGCGGAUACACUGGCAGCACUUCGGCGCGGGUUCAAUAUGAGCACAACUGAGCGUGAGUCUAGUCCUCCAGACAGGUCAUUUGAUGGCUCCUGA